AGAGAGAGAGAGAGAGAGAGAGAGAGAGGAAAAACCACGGUCAUGACAGCGAAGCAGAGCCUGUUAUCAGAAAAGCGCCUUAUUUAAGGGGCUUUUUGGGAGGCUGAGAGGUCCCAGCAAAUUGCAGAAAAUCUCUUUAUAUAAGGUUUCAGUUCCCGAGGCUGAGCAAUCUCUCGGAGGGAGAUAGAGAGAGGGAGAGAGAUUUCUCUCUCCUCAAGAGGUCUCAAAGACCGUACAGAGAAGCCUGUAAAACGAGCUUGCAGCGAAGAUUUGAACCGUUGAUCUGGUGGCCAUUACUGUGGAUUGGUUGUUCUCUGAAAUUCACGCUGAGCUGAGGAUCCUGCGCAAUGAUUGUUAUAAUUUAAAGAAAAGAUGAAGAAUAAAGACCUCAAGCCUGCCUCUCAUCCCGACAAAAAUUCGAGGCUGAUCCCCAUGACUUUGAUGUUUAUAGUACUAUGCGGAUUUUCAUUCUAUCUCGGUGGAAUUUUCUGCUCUGAAAAAAACAGACUCCUCACAAAGGAUGUCAACCGAGCAGCACAAUCUCCUCCUAAGGAAGGCUCAUCUGUUUCACUUCAAGUUAAACCUGUUGUUUUCCCUGAGUGUGGCAGCAACUUUCAAGACUACACGCCAUGCACGGAUCCUAAGAGAUGGAGGAAGUAUGGUCUCCAUAGACUGACUUUUCUGGAACGCCACUGCCCUCCUAUAGCCGAAAGGAAAGAAUGCUUGGUGCCUCCACCAGAAGGCUACAUGCCACCAAUCAGAUGGCCAAAGAGCAGAGAUGAAUGUUGGUAUAGAAACGUUCCUUACAAUUGGAUUAACAGUCAGAAAUCUAAUCAGAACUGGCUAAGGAAACAAGGGGAGAAGUUCCUUUUCCCUGGUGGUGGUACCAUGUUCCCCAAAGGAGUCAGUGCAUAUGUUGAUCUGAUGCAAGAUCUGAUUCCUGACAUGAAGGAUGGGACUAUCCGGACUGCCAUUGACACUGGAUGUGGGGUUGCAAGUUGGGGUGGUGAUUUGUUAGACCGUGGAAUUUUAACUCUUUCUCUUGCGCCAAGAGAUAAUCAUGAGGCUCAGGUUCAAUUUGCUCUCGAACGUGGUAUUCCAGCGAUCCUGGGUGUCAUUUCUACGCAGCGCCUUCCUUUCCCAUCCAAUUCAUUCGAUAUGGCCCACUGCUCCAGAUGCCUUAUCCCAUGGACAGAAUUUGGUGGAGUUUACCUUCUUGAAAUACACCGCAUACUUCGGCCAGGCGGCUUCUGGGUCCUAUCUGGCCCACCUGUGAACUACCAGAACCGAUGGAGAGGAUGGAACACAACUGUGGAAGAACAAAAGUCAGAUUACGAUAAUUUAAAAAAGUUGCUAACCAGCAUGUGCUUCAAAUUAUACAAUCAAAAGGAUGAUAUCUCUGUGUGGCAAAAAUCUCCAGACAGUAGCUGCUAUGAUCAACGUAAUGCAUCUGAUGCCUACCCACCAAAGUGCGAUGAUGGCACUGAACCGGAUGACGCUUGGUAUGUGCCACUCCGGCCUUGCCUUGUUGUUCCAAGUUGGAGCUUCAAGAAGAUUGGAUUGAAAUCUACUCCAAAAUGGCCUGAGAGGCUGCAUGUUGCUCCUGAGCGCAUUGGGAUGGUCCCUGGUUCAAGCUCCAGUGCAUUCAAACAUGAUGACAGUAAGUGGAAGGUGAGGGUGCAGCAUUACAAGACUGUGCUACCGGAACUUGGAACUGACAAAAUACGAAAUGUUAUGGACAUGAAUACGGUUUAUGGAGGUUUCGCUGCUGCACUUAUUGAUGACCCUGUGUGGGUCAUGAACGUGGUUUCUUCCUAUGGCACAAAUUCACUAGGCGCGGUCUAUGACAGGGGUUUGAUCGGGACUUACCAUGAUUGGUGUGAGGCAUUCUCGACAUAUCCUCGGACAUAUGAUCUCUUGCAUCUUGAUGGCCUUUUUACUGAUGAGAGUCACAGGUGUGAUAUGAAACACGUCCUCCUGGAGAUGGAUCGGAUACUACGGCCUGAUGGGUAUGUGAUAAUCCGCGAAUCCAACUAUUUCUUGAAUGCACUGUCGACCAUCGGCAAAGGGAUGAGAUGGCGUUGCAAGAAACAUAACACUGAGUACAGCAUUGAGAAGGAGAAGCUUUUGAUCUGUCAGAAGCAGCUCUGGUCCUCUACAAACAAGAGUCAAUGAUGGAGAACUGAAGAAUAAAAGCAGUGACAGCUUAUUUAUACAGCAAAACAGCAUGCUUGAAGGAGGAUGUUUGGAGGGUAGAAAAAUGGGUAUAGAAAGAAAAAAAGUUAUAUUCUUGGUGAGAUGCUGAUUUUUGGGUAAAUGCCUGUUCUAUAUACGGCAUUCCAGUCACAGAAAUCCACCUUCCUUUUCUUGAAGAAGAGCUGAAAGAGAAGGUUCAAGUCUCACAAUAGAUUAGUAAAUCUGAUUCAUUAAAUUUUCAAGUUUUCAUAUAUAUGAAUAUAUGAAUUCUAUGUGAGUAAAACAGACAUCGUUAGACGUCAAAAUCAGUUUGGUUUUUCCUCUUUUUUUAUUUUUAUUUAUUUAUUUAUUUUCUGAUUCUACUGUUGGCUUUCAUCUUAACAUUGUGGGGGAGAAAUUUGUAAUGCAUCAUAAGGGUCCAAGCCAUUUGUGGCUCCGAUGAAGUCCAGGAAAUUGGUCAAUGCGGUCAGAAUAAGUGAAAUCUUUCUUCUCA